UUUUUUCGUUGACUUUUUUUUCGUUUCUUUUUUUUAAUCGGUUUCUUUGUCCUCCCGUCGAUACUGUCAAAGACCGACCUAGCACGCUAGUCGAUCGGUCCGACAGAGGGAAACUCCCCUUGCAAUUACCCCUCCAGUCCCUCGAGAAACACUCGCACAGCAACAAUGGUGUCCUCGUCCAAGGAAAAGCGCCUCGCCAAGAAGGCCGUCGAGGGCAAGGAGAAGAAGACGGUUGCGUCCCGCUCCAAGGCCGGAUCCAAGGCCGGAUCCAAGGCCGGGUCCAAGGUUGCCAGCGCUGCCGGAUCCGUCAACGGCGACGAACCCGAGCUCGAUGGAAACGGAAACCCCAUCACGAGCGACGAGCCCGCCACCGGCGUCGAGAAGGCCGACGAGGUGAAGCGUUUGGCGGACCAGAUGGACAAGCACGGCCUGUCCGACCGUGUCACCACCGGUGUCCUUUCUUCCCUGGAGCAAAGCAAGGAUGUCAAGAUCACCAGUGCCAGUUUGGUGUUCCACGGGCGCGUCCUUAUCACGGACACGACCCUGGAGCUUUCCUACGCCCGGAGAUAUGGCCUACUGGGAGAGAACGGCUGCGGAAAGAGUACCUUUCUCAAGGCCAUCGCCGCGCGCGAGUACCCCAUCCCCGCACACGUCGACAUCUACCUGCUCAACGAGGGCGCUCCUCCCUCAGACCUCGGUGCGCUCGAAUGGGUCGUCACCGAGGCUGAGAACGAGCUGAAGCGACUAGACGCCCUGGCCGAGAAGCUGUUGGAGGAGGAUGGCCCGGAGAGCCCCGUCCUCAUGGACCUCUACGACCACAUGGACAAGAUGGACCCGUCAACCUUUUCCACCCGCGCCGCCCUCAUUCUCACUGGUCUCGGUUUCAACAAGAUCACCAUCCACAAGAAGACAAAGGACAUGUCCGGUGGCUGGAGGAUGCGAGUGGCCCUUGCCAAGGCCCUCUUCGUCAGGCCCUCUCUCCUGCUUCUUGACGACCCGACGGCGCACUUGGACCUGGAGGCGUGCGUGUGGCUCGAGGAGUACCUCAAGAAGUGGGAUCGGACCCUUGUGCUCGUGUCCCACUCGAUGGAUUUCCUCAACGGUGUCUGCACCAACAUGAUCGACAUGCGUCUGAAGCAGCUCAUCUACUACGGUGGUAACUACGACUCGUACCAAAAGACGCGGUCCGAGCAGGAGACAAACCAGAUGAAGGCGUACCACAAGCAGCAGGAGGAGAUUGUACACAUCAAGAAGUUCAUCGCCAGCGCCGGUACAUAUGCCAACCUGGUCAGGCAGGCCAAGUCGCGGCAAAAGAUUCUCGACAAGAUGGAGGCCGACGGCUUCAUUCAGCCCGUGCACCAGGAUAGGGUCUUCACCUUCCGGUUUGCCGAUGUCGAGAAGCUGCCUCCUCCAGUCCUUUCGUUCGACAACGUCACCUUCUCUUACUCGGGCGAAGCCAAGGACGACCUGUACCGCAACAUGGACCUCGGGUUUGAUAUGGACUCGAGGACGGCCCUUGUCGGUCCCAACGGUGUGGGCAAGUCGACACUCCUCCGCCUGAUGACGGGCAAGCUGUCACCUCGGGAGGGAGUUGUGACGAGGCACACCCACCUGAAGAUGGGUUUAUACUCACAGCACUCGGCCGAGCAGCUGGACCUGACCAAGUCGGCUCUCGAUUUCGUGCGGGACAAGUACUCCGAGAAGUCGCAAGACUACCAGUACUGGAGGCAGCAACUGGGCCGCUACGGUCUGACUGGCGAGUCGCAGACGUCACUGAUCGGCACGCUGUCGGACGGUCAGAAGAGCCGAAUUGUCUUCGCUCUGCUCGCCAUUGAGAGCCCCAACAUGUUGCUGCUGGACGAGCCCACCAACGGUCUGGACAUUCCUACGAUUGACAGCCUGGCAGACGCCAUCAACGCCUUUAGUGGCGGCGUUAUCGUCGUCAGCCACGACUUUAGGUUGCUCGACAAGAUCGCUAAGCAGAUUUUGGUCUGCGAGAACAAGACUAUCAAGGCUUGGGACGGCUCGAUAGGAGAUUACAAGAACUACCUGAGGAAGAAGAUGAUUUCCGCUGGUGCAGUCUAAGUUUCCCUCCUAUUUCGCUUGUCAUGUCACAAAAGUGCCACAGCUUUACUUUUCAUUUCUUGUUCUCUUUGGGUCAGACUGGCAUGGAUGGCUUGGUUUGCUUUUCUUUUUCCGUCAACGAUUUUCUGCGUUACGGACAAUGGUUUUUUUUUUUGCCAUAGAGCAGGUUGGUAGAAUGAUGAGAGACGAUGCACAUCCUGCACGGCCUUGGCACAUGCGCACAUAGUCCUUGCACGGCUUCGGCUGUAUGUAUGUAUGUACAGUAUAGGCAGGUGGCAUGCUGGGAAAAGACUAGAUGGUUGCUUGGGACCCGAGGCUGCGGGCAGUGAACAAGGUGAUUGUACUGGAGCGCUUUGGGCAUUGGAUAUAAAUGCGUGGCUUGAGCAAUGGGUAUCACCAUCAGAAAAACUACUAGGCGCAUGAAGAGCAGUUUUUGUCCCACAGUGCUGUGCCCAAAACAUGGCUCAUGGGCGGAGGGACCAAAAACAUGUCUGGGGGAUGCUCGAAUUGGGGUUCAGACGGAUGAGACUGCAGGUGCAGGUGCCUCGGUGCGUGUGGGCGCGAUGCGGUGUGCACGUCGGGCAAAAUGACUGGGAUAUUGGUUGCAGCGAUAGGCGGGAUUUGCUUGGUGCUGACGUGGGUGCAAGUUGGAAGUCAACGAUGGGCUGGGCUGAGGAGGAGUCAGGUGUCACGUUGGUUCUUGCGAGGGGAGCUGAAUGAGUUAAACGCUGGGGGUGUUUGGAUACGGCGAAUUGGCCAAUCCAGCGAAAACGGCAGCAUCAGCAUCAUACCUACCUUGGUAGAGCCCAUUCACAAACAUUUCAGUUUCUGCUGUCCGUUCACCUGUCCUUGUUUGUUGUUGCCCC